AUGUCCUCCGAUGCGGCGACAUUACCAUCUCCACCCAGUAUGCCACCGUGGAAGGACACGCAACGUCCUUACUCGGUGGGGGAGAGUAUGUAUUCUAAUGGCCUCGGCGGAAGGCCGGAUUUCUAUUCAAAGGACAAUUCCCCGCCCACCCCGCGACGACCUCGAUUCCCCAACAUCAAAGACCUGCAGGACCAGGCUGCUGCAUUAAAUGUGAACGACACGACACCGCUCGCUAUUCUCUCGAGAACUGCCGCCGAGGCAAUUGACAAGGCCAGGAACCUUGUGGAUGAAUACCCCGACAAGGCUUACGUUCAUUACCUCCGAGCGUCCGAGAUCACUAUCAACCUCAUUCCGCACCAUCCAAACUAUCGAACUACGGCCGUUGAACGUCCCGACUGGUUUAGGGAGUUCGCCGAUUUAAUGAAGGCAGUACGCGCUAAACAAGGCACCAUGGAUGCGAUAAAGCAGGCAAUCAUCGAAGACAACCUGGUCAGCAACAUGCAACCUACAGGCGCAUUUCAGACCUCGCCAGAACUACAAUAUGUCACCCCAAGGGGUCGCGAGAACCGAGACUCUGUAACAAGUUUGGCCAGAAUGCCAAGUCCGACGCAGUAUCAGAGGACGCCCGACACUCAAGUACAUUCACCACCGGCCUCUAUCACUCCAGAUGACAUGCUUGCGCAACGUUUCGCCAAACUCAAGGCGUCUCCACCUUCCAAUCAAUUCGAUGUGGGAUCGAAUAGCGGUGGGCCGAGGAGCCCAACUCUGGGAUCUGCAGCGCAGACCCCACUUCAUCCGUCUAACGUGCCCUCGAAUGCUCACACCUCUCCACCGCCAAGGCGACCCAUGGGACCUCGUGGAAUGGGGUCUUCGUCUAAUGUACCCACACUACCACCCAAAGUUCCUCUCAACACAGCACUUCCACGAGCGCCAGAUCCGGCCUACAGUCCAAUCUUUACCGCGCCUCCGAAGCCGACAUCGAAUCCUCCGAGAUCGUCGACCGAUAGUACACGCUCGGGAAAUCUAAGAUACUCGCAGUUCAGUAGUUCACCUCGCGUCAGUCCAAACCGUGGUGAGCACGAUGAAAACCCGUACAGAUCCAUGACCCCCAAUGGGUCGGGCUCGGCACGAGAGACUCGGAGCAAUUCGCCAGAAUUGCCAUACAGUACAACAAUAUCUGCACAAAGCCUCCUAGAAAACCUGCGCAAGUACAACGUAUUGCUUAUCGACGUUCGACCCCGAGAUCAAUAUGACAACGGACAUGUGUAUGCGAAAUCCAUCAUCUGCAUCGAGCCGGUGGUUUUGAAGGAGAAUGUCUCUGCAGAAGAACUUGAGGAGCGAUUGGUCGUUUCACCAGAGCACGAGCAGGUUUUGUUCGAGAAACGGAAUGAGUAUGACCUUGUGGUUUACUACGACCAAAGCACCAAAUCCGUCAGUUAUCUCGCCGGAUCGCCGGUUGGGACAUCUGCUCCGCACCUAAGGGCGCUUUACGAUACCCUCUACGAGUUCAAUGCAUACAAACCGCUGAAGGCCGGUCGGCCUCCAGCUCUGCUGCUUGGUGGAUUGGACGCCUGGAUUGAUCUUCUCGGGCAACAAUCGCUUGCGACGUCCUCUACCGCUGCCGUUAUGAGCUCUCUGCAGGCCAGAAAGCCAGUACCAAAGCCAGGUCGACCUCUGGGCCGAGUACCUACCAUGGCGAGUGCGAAUUCCAGCCUGGAAAUUCGAAAGCGGCGACUGCGCGAGUUCACUCCUCUGAACUCGAAGGAGUUGUCUGAGUGGAUGGAAAAGUCGAAGACUGAGGAGAUUGACACAAGUAAUUACGGCGAAGAAGACUCACUCACGGAGGAGCCUGAGGUUGUCUCACAAGAGCCCUCGACUCCAUACGUUCAUACAUACGAGGCCUUCUUCCGGCGAUUCCCUGAAGCUCAUGAUGUACAGCAGUCCAUGACUCACCCAGACACACGUCCAGUGCCGCCCCCUGCGCAUAGCCACACCCACGCUCACCCCCAUUCCCACUCUCAUUCACAAUCCCAAUCCUCCACCCCGGACUAUGCUGUGCAGAUGCCGAUCGUCCCUUCUCGGCCGCGUCCAGCGGUCCCUCGUCCAAGUUAUAGCGGGGUCUCGGAUGGUCGGCACAUUCAACCACAUUUGGAGCGCCAGAAUUCAGCGAACCGAACAGCACUGUACGCUCCAGCAUCUCGCAUUGAUCGUCUCAAGCUUCCACGGACCGGCUUGACGAAUUUUGGCGUCACAUGUUACAUGAACUCGACCAUCCAAUGCUUGAGCGCAACGAUCUCGAUGAGUCGGUUUUUCAUCGAUAAUCGGUUCCGUUACUAUGUACAGAAGAACUGGAAGGGCUCUCAAGGCGUGAUGCCGGGGCUUUAUGCAAACCUCACGCGAUCGUUGUGGAAGAACGACGUUGAGGUCAUCAUGCCGACCUCUUUCCGCAAUUUCUGCGGACGGCUGAAUCGAGAAUGGGCGAUUGACCGACAGCAAGAUGCGAAGGAAUUUUUCGAUUUCCUGGUGGAUUGCCUUCAUGAAGACCUCAACGUCAACUGGCAGCGUACGCCCUUACGACCCCUGACCUUCUCGGAGGAAAUGCAACGCGAACGGAUGCCGAUGACCCGGGUCUCUCGCAUCGAAUGGGACCGAUACUGCCACCGGGAAGAAUCCUUCAUCUCCUCGCUCUUUGCUGGACAGCACGCCAGUCGCUUGCGCUGUACCACCUGUCGGCAAACCUCGACCACCUACGAGGCUUUCUACAGUAUCAGCGUCGAGAUCCCCGCGACCGGCACGGGGGACAUCUACCAGUGUCUCCGCAGCUACUGCCAGGAAGAGAUGCUGAGCGGCGACGAGGUCUGGAAGUGCCCGCACUGCAAGUGCAAGCGGAUGGCGACCAAGCAAAUCAUCAUCACGCGGGCCCCGCAGAUCCUAGUCGUCCACUUUAAGCGCUUCUCCGCGUCCAAGACCCAAAGCGCGCGGAAGAUCCACACCCCGAUUGAAUUCCCGCUCCACGGCCUCCGGAUGGACGAUUUCGUCAUCUCGCACCCGAGUCCCGCGCCCCCGGAAUCUGGGGCGCCUGUUACGGGCGCUACGAUCCCGCCUUUCACGUAUGAUGCCUUUGCGGUCCUUCGGCAUCUCGGCUCGUCGAUGGGGAGCGGGCACUAUAUCUCUUUGGUCCGCGAUGCGGAGCGGCAGUGUUGGCGGAAGUUCGACGAUGAGCGGGCGACGGACUUUAACCCGCGCGAUCUCCGUGAGCGGGAACGACUGCAGAAUGAGCAGGCGUACAUUGUGUUUUACGAGCGAGUCCCAGCGAAAUGA